AUGGCUUAUCGUAUAAACACGAGGGCUUAUUCAUUAUCCUCUUCCGAACCUCCUCUGGCUCAGAAAUUAACAAAUGAUCCCGUCACUCAGAAAACUGCGCGCAGCACUGUUACUAGUUUUUACCAGACACAUAUUGGAGGUUACUGGAGAAAUGUGACCGUAUUAUGGAGCAAGGAUUUGUCGAGUCAUUCUCUGAGUAUAUCUGUUGCAACCAUGGAAAGUGAAGAUCAUCAGACAUGCAAAAUUGACGUUAGACCUUGGCAGUUUUGGGCAAAGAAAGGGUACAAAACCUUUCAGGUUGAUGGGAAUCAAUUGGAUGUCUAUUGGGAUUUUCGUUCAGCAAAAUUUUCGAGUAGUCCAGAACCCUGUUCAGAUUUCUACGUUGCAUUAGUUUCUGGUGAAGAAAUGGCAUUAUUGUUAGGGGAUUACACCGAAAAGGCCUGUAAGAGAACAAAAUCAAAAGCAGCCCUGGUUGAUGCAAUGCUGUUUUACAAAGAAGAGCACGUAUUUGGGAAGAAAUCUUUCUCCACAAGGACAAAAUUCGACUGCAGGAAAAAGGAGCACGACAUUGUUGUAGAGAGCUCGACUUCAGGGACUAGAGAACCCGAAAUGUGGAUUAGCAUAGAUGGGAUUGUGUUGAUACAUAUUCGAAACCUGCAGUGGAAAUUCAGGGGGAAUCAGACAAUCUUAGUUAAUAAGCAACCCGUUCAAGUCUUUUGGGACGUAUAUGCUUGGCUAUUUUGCAUACCGGGCUCAAACCAUGCGUUGUUUAUCUUCAAGCCAGGUGCACCGGAGGUGGAUAGUGACAAAGAUGAAAGCUGCAGCCAUGGCGAUGGAAGUGAUUGCAGUGGGGAUAGCAAGUAUUAUUCGACGAUAAGCUAUUCACAGGCUUCAAGAAUACCAUCACGGCAUCGCCUAUACUUAAUGGGUCCCGGCAAGUGGAGGAAUAGCUGCAGAAUCUUGGCUUCGAUAUAUAUAUUUUUUUUUCUAUUUAACACUUUUGCUUUGUUGAAUUCUGCGUCAAGAGUUCAAGCUUGGAGUUACCCUAAUUGGAAUAGUUUUGAGAACAAUGAUAAGAGGAAAAAAUAA